AUGUGUCCAAAUAUGUGGGACAAUUUGGUUCCGUACACGUUCGUGUCAUCUAACACUUUGGCCCCCGGGGUGCGCUUUGGACAUAGUAGUAUAGCUUAUGAUGCAAUUUGUAAAGACGUUACGUCGGAUAAUAACCUAUCAGAGUGUGACUACAGUGAUGUGUUGUCUAGUACUAAAAGCGAAAGCAUAAGAAGACCAAAAUCAAUCAAUAUAUCUACUGAAAAUAUAAUAAAUGGGAGUUUUAGUCCAGGACACUGCCAACCGAUGUACAGUGUUGCUAUAUUAUUACCUUACAGGAACAGAAAAGAUCAGCUGGAUGUAUUUCUUCCAAAUAUUCACAAUUUUUUAAUACGACAAAAAAUACACUAUAAAGUAUACGUGAUAGAACAGCAAGACAACCACCCUUGGAAUAAAGGCAUACUCUACAAUGUCGGGGCCAGACAAGCGAUCAUAGAACAUUUCCCCUGCCUCAUAUUUCAUGAUAUUGACUUAAUACCGGUAGACCACAGUAAUCUCUACGUCUGUAUGGAAGAACCACGGCAUAUGAGUGCGUCUAUUGAUGAUUAUAGAUUUGUUCUGAUCUAUGACACUCUAUUCGGAGGUGUAGUGUCAAUAAGAACAGACCAAUAUAUAGCAGUGAAUGGAUACCCGCCAGACAUGUCAAGGUACGCACAGUACCACGGCAACAGACCCCGGAUAGAGAACAAAGACAGAUGGAAGGUUAUGGAAGAGAAUCGGCGCACACGACGGGCGGGUGAUGGCUUUUAUUCGGUGCAACAACAUGUGUUGGAGAUGACAGUUGAAGGGUUCCCGAUGUACACGCUUAUCGGAGUUAAGCGAAAUUACAAAAUGAUAUAG